AUGCUUGUACCCCCGGAAAAUUGUGGACUUGUAGAGCCAGGUAUCUAUAGGUGCUCCAAGCUCGACCAGGAUAACUUCCCGUUUCUAGAAACUCUCAAUUUGAAAUCAAUUGUUAUAGUUGAUGCAGAAAAGCCUCCUGGUCCAUUAAAGCGAUUUAUUGAAGCGAAUAACGUCGAGCUAUUUAACCUAGGUGCACUCAAAAUCUCGAACCAUCAUCAUACUGGAGUCAAUUCUAGCUCUGGGAAGUUAGAAGAGGAAGGUUCCAGCAAUGGUUCGACUUCGAGCUCGGGAAAUGCCGAUGUUAAUGAUCUCGAGCCUAUCAAUGUCAAUACCACAAAGGACAAAAAUGAUCUGUGGAUGCUUAUAGAGAAGAACUUGAUACUACGUGCUUUUGAGUUGCUAUUAAACAAGACGAAGCACAACCUACUUUUGGUGGAUUCGUCGCUGACUCUCGUGGGCAUUCUUCGCAAGAUUCAAAAGUGGAAUUUUAACUCCAUAGUCAAUGAGUACCGUACGUUUGCUGGUACCUCGACGAAAAACAACUAUUUUGCGGAAACUUUUCUCGAAUUGGUGGAACCUGAACUAAUAGCAUAUGAGAUUCACCGAUUCAAUAGCGAGUCAAAGCAGCCAGAAAAAACUCUUUACAAGAGCCCCGAGUUUAGGAGAGAAUCCCGAAACGCUUCGAGGACGUCAGUUGACGAUGAGGCAAGUUUUGAUGAUCGUAACAGCGAUACCCAGAGUAUAGACGAUGAUGAGAUGGACGACGAAUUACUUUCAGCCUCGCCUCAAAUUCCAACCAAUUUGUUGAAACUCGUAGAGCUGAGGAAGAAUGAUACUUCACGAGAUUCUGAGCCAGAUGUGGAUUCAGUAACACCAGGAUCUUCUCCAAGGUAUACUCGUGGAAGUCGUAAUAAUAGCUUUACCAGCGACAUGAUUUUCUCCGCAACUCGAUCUAAUUUUGAGAGAAGAAGGUCUUCCAUAGACAGCUUGGUGCGGCCAAGUCCAAGUAAUAUCAAAUUCAGACAAGGUGCACGAGCUCCAGAUCGACGAGCAGCCCGUGACUCGUUCAGCAAGGGAAGUUUCAGCGAAUCGUUGAAAGAAUUCAAAGACUCAUUCAAAAGACCCGACGACAACGAACUACAACAAAAAUACGGAUUUUACUACUACAAAAGCUUCAAAGAAAAUCCUUAUACCUUUGAGGAAGUUAAUGCAAUAAAAAUCAAGCUACCACAAGAUACUAAACUACCAGCAUGGUUUCGAAGCCAGCGAGAUUAUUGGGAAGCAAACUUUCGAAAAUUAAAUGGUCUCAUAGAAUGA